AUGACGUGGCCAUCUGAGAAGGUACGCCGUCUAGCAAUCCAUAGUAGUAGUAACAGUAGCAACAUCCAAUACCACCAACAAAGACAAUUUUUUUCCUUUGAACACCUUCGAUCAUUCAUCACAGUUAGUUCCACCAACCCAUUACUGUCCAAAACUUUCCUAUCUGAAGUUUUAAGGAGUAGUAAGUUGCUAAAGGUUUUGGAAUUGGUAGGUCAAGAGAUAGAGGAAACACCAAAUGAGGUUUUCAACUUGUUGCACCUCACAUAUCUGAGCCUAUAUGGUACAAAAGUGAAAAGUGUCCCGAGAGCUAUUGGAAAGCUUCAACAUUUGGAAUAUCUGAAUUUGGGGUACACUGGACUUAGGGAAUUACCCGCGGAAAUCCUAAAGCUGCUAAAGCUUCGGUAUCUCACAGUAUUCCAACCAGUUGAUACCUCAGAUGAUGAUUAUGGAUUUCAUGGGUUUAAAGGUCCGUCAAAAUUGGGAGGGCUUCUCUCUUUACAAACAUUAAACACCAUAGAUGCAAGCAGCGGGUCUGUAAUAGUUAAAGAGAUAGGAAAAUUGACCCAAUUAAGAGUGUUAUAUAUUACACAGUUGAGAAGAGAAGAUGGAAAGGAGCUCUGCUCCUCCCUUGUCAACCUCACCAGCCUUCGGGAACUAAGUGUAGAUUCAGUUGGAAAAGGUGAUGAUUAUGAGAUAAUAGAUCUAAAUCAUCAUCAACAUUCUCUUUCUUCUUCUUCUUCUUCUUCUUGUUCGUUUCUUCAAUCUCUUCGUGUGAUACUUAUGUGUGGCCGCUUAGAAAAGAUGCCACAAUGGGUAGCUCAUCUUCACAGCUUGGUAAGAAUAGAUUUGGAUUGGAGCAGGUUAAGGGGUGAGGAGGAUCCGCUUGAAUCCCUCCAACAUUUGCCCAAUUUGGGUAGAAUCAAUUUCUGUGGAUCUUACCAGGGAGAAGGGUUGUGUUUCAAGGCUGGAGGGUUCCUAAAGCUGAAGUGGAUGCACUUAAAGAGAAUGGAAGGGUUGAGAUGGAUGAGAGUGGAGGAGGGUGCAUUGCCUCGUCUCCAGAAACUAUUUCUGGAACAACUUCCAUCACUAGAGGAGUUGCCUAUGGGUAUCCAGCAUUUGAUCAAGCUUCAGCGGCUGACUUUGUAUGAGAUGAGUUCUCAAUUGAGAGAGAAGCUGUUAGAGAAUCAGAAGGAAGAAAGUGAAGAUUACAGAAAAAUCGCACACAUUCCUGAAAUUCUCAUUGGUUACUAUACAGAUGAUGGGGAAUGGAGAGACCGCUGGUUGUGGGCCGAGAAGAAGAAAACAUAUAAUCUUUCCUAG